AACAAGUUGUGGAUUUUAGUGCUAGCACCUCAUCUCCUUCUACCCACUAGUCAGUAGCCUUUGUUGGUGCCCAAAAAAAACAAGAAAAUUCUAUUGAAAUGGCCACUUUUGGGAUAACAGUAGGAGCUUCUUUUCCUCAUCUGAACGGCUUUAAAUCUGUAACCAAACACCCCGUUUGCUCAGUAUCAAGAAAAGGUGCAACCGGGACAAUCUUGGUCACUGGAUCAGUAGGAAGCUACUCCAGCCGCCACCACCGCUACAUCUACCGUCUCAGUUCUUCCAGUUCCAAAAUAAUGGCCUCCACAACAAAGGAAAUAGAGAAAUUGGGUAUCAAGAUCGUUAAAAGCCCUCCUGAAUCUAAGCUUUCCGAGCUCGGUGUUCGCUCUUGGCCCAAGUGGGGAUGCCCUCCAAGCAAGUUUCCUUGGACAUACUCUUCCAAAGAGACAUGCUACCUAUUGGAAGGAAACGUUAAGGUCUACCCUGAUGGAUCUGAUGAGGCAGUUCAAAUUGUUGCGGGUGACUUGGUUGUCUUCCCCAAGGGAAUGAGCUGCACUUGGGAUGUUUCUGAAGCUGUCGAUAAGCAUUACAAAUUUGAUUGAUCUGAUGUCAUCGUUGAGCCUUGUCUAAUGCCAAGCACUGAUAUUUCUUGUUAUGCCUAAAUCACGAUGAUACUUAAUAUUUCUUUUUAUGGCUGGAUAUCCCGAUUUUGACCAUCAUUUUA